GUCACGAAACAUUGGGGGAGCAAGUACCUUCGGAGUCCCCAGUAGUAGUGCAUCGGACAGUUCCUUUUCGUCCAGCAUCCGUAGCAUAAUCCCUCAGCCUGCUCCUGCGCCAAGCACACGCUGAGUGCCACUGCGAGUAUUAUUAAGAGAAAAUGGCAAAUGAUAUGGCCAGAGUGAGGGAGUUUAUUGGUCGCUGUUAUGAUAAAGGGGUAUGUCCUGAAGACAUUAACUUGGGCAGAGUGGUAGAGGAUGAGGAGGGAAAGAGAUUUGUCGUGGAAGAAGCAGUGGAUGAAGUCAAAGAGCAGUGGUUAAAGGAGAGAUCGGUUGUAGUUAUUUUUCAGGGCGAAGCAAGGAAACUAGCAAGAUCAGUGAAGGAGGAUUUGAUCCGCGCAUACGAGGAUGGGUGGUCUGCGAGGAGAUUGUUUGCACCAAAAAACAGAACAGGAAGGGUGAAGUUUGAAGGACAGAACGUAGCUUCUUAUGUGGCCAGAGCGAAGGAGAUUGCGGAUUGGCUGGUGAAACAAAAGGAACUGAAGAUUACACUGGGAAAAGACGGGUACCUGGUCCAGUUCAGACCAAGACUAUCCAAACAGGAGUUGCAGGACGGACGAUUCAACAGGAUCAGAGAAGAGAAGGGGGCAGAUAACAGAGAGGUAGCCGCCACUCACGCCGAGGGAUUAGCAGUUCGGGAGGAGUUGUCCAAAACCUCGGUGACCUCCCGAUCCAAAGUAAGGUGGGGCAGCGAGUGCAGCGAGGAUGAACGCAGGGCCUCCCACAAACAGGCGAGCUCAUCUUCGGUGCAGAGUUCAGCGGCCUCAAGCUCGAAGAAGCGGGAAGAACAGGAAGUGUUGAGCAGACAGAGGUGGGACAAACGAGCUGACGCAAUAGAAAAGAAUCAGAUGGAGACGGUGCAGCGUUGCGUGAUUCCGCUGUUGUGCACCAAGGCAAACGAGGUGAUUUAUUUUCUAGCAAUCACGGGAGAAAGCGGCACGCCUGUUGUCCCCUCCAUGGUGGUAGACCAAUCUCCGACCCCAUCAAGGAUCCUGGAGAUCACGAGGAGGCUCUAUGGGGAACAUGUACCAGUCCAACUCAUCCCGCACUCCGUAAUGGCGAGCGUCCUCUGCGAGACAGUGCAAGGGUACUCCAAAAUGUACUUUCCUCUGUUGGAUGCUCGCAUCUCAGAGGAAAUUGCAGGUACCCUGGCACAGUCCGGGAUCAGGUGGAUGCCCAUGAGUCUAAUUAGAGAAAGGAAUGUCCCAGAACUGGAAGCAAUUCAGGUGCUGCCAGGUAUUUCUACGCUGGUGCUCCUGAACGUGAAUGAGAAGCUGCUGGCGGAGGAGAACCUGCACUCCGAGUUUUUGGCAGCAAGCUUGACGAAAGAAUGGCGGGCAUCCUCAAAGACCAGCUUGUCCAGAAGCAGCGCUUAACCAAGACCAAGGUCCACAACAACCCCCCGCAUCCAAUCAAAGGCGGCAACAGCUCAAGACAAUGAACAGACUUAGAAUAG